GCCGUGGAGCAGAAAUCCAAAAGGAGAGGUUCAGAGGAAGGCUGUGGAAGCAAGAGCUGCUGACUGGGCUGCAGAAUGGCUGACGCAGGAGCUGACCAAGAGCCCGGUACUGCUGAUCUCAGAGUCGAAUAGUGCAACUUUCAAAGAUGCCGAGAAGCGCUUGAAGGAAGCUUGCGUUCGUUUCGACAUCCUGGAACUUGAUAGACUGGGCUCUGCUGGCACUGCGCUGCUGGAACAACUCAAGUGCCACAACAGGAUGGCGGGUGCUGCAUUUGUCUUCGUUGCUGGGAACUUGCUGCCAGAGAACUUUACCAAAGAGAGCACUCUUUGGCUGCAGCAGGUAUGCUACAAUGCUGGGGCCCAGUUCAUGGAACCUCCAGAAGGCACCAACAUGACGUGGACAGUGCAGCAAAAUGCCAGAUGGCUGCCUCCCAAAAACAUCGGGGGUCGGCGGUGGUACCAAGACGAUGCAGGAAUGGCCAAAUACGAGGAUGAGCACGCAGAUCCUGCCCGCAAUCUUUACAACGAAAUUAUGGCAGCGCCAGGCGGUGGUACUGCUCUGCGGACGAGGAUUUCAAAUCCUGGUCAGAAGCUGUUGCGUCAGGAUGCUAGGCUUGAUGAGCCUGACAAGUUCGGUGUAGCCCAGCGUUGGCCAUCUUGGGGACGAGUAGACCUGCUGCUUCGAAAUGUGGAUGGCGUGACGGAUUACCUCAGAUCACGGGAUGUUGCGAGAGUGAGGCAGAUUCUAGACGACGAGCCGGAUACAUAUUCUGAAGGGUUGCCCAAGGACACUUUGAUGUGGGUCUAUGGGCUAGGGAGAAGGAAGCUCAUGGAAGAGUUGGACCAAAGGCAGUGCCACCAUAAGGUCAUAUCCGCCAUUGAUGUGCAAGGCCUUCGAGAGGCACUGUUGGAGGAACUUGAGAAGGAGCAAGCUUACAGCCCAACACGGCAGGGUGUUACACCAGGAGUGAUCCAAAGCUUCACCCGGCACCAGCUCAGAGUUGAGCGAGAAGCAGACAGUGAUGUGGUUUUGCUGCUGGCUGUUAUUGACGAGCAGAGUCCCCGACAUUUGAGAUUCAGGGACCAGCUUGAAGGGGCUGCCCAACUUCUUCUCCGCUCUGCUCGCAUUGUGGCUGUUGAUGGUCGCAAGAACGAAGAAGUGAUGGUUGAGUAUGGUGUCACACGCUUUCCGACGCUGAUUUGGCUUCAAGGUCGAAGUGGCAUUGAGCUGGCACGUGAGAUUGGGCCUUUUCCUGCGACAUCCAUCGUGGAUCGGACCCGACUUGUCCUGGAUGUUAAGGAGCUACCCGAGCCCGGCGAGGAGGCUGCUGCGCUACUGGCGCAAACAGGUGCUCCUUCAAGGAAGUUCCGGCGGAGAAGGUUUGACCGGCCGCUGGCGGACAAAAACGCGGCUGUGAGAUCCAUCAACUCUCACUCCAAAGGAUUCUGGCGCCAUGGCAGGCGGUGA